UCGCCCGAACUUUCUUGAUUGCAUUAUUUUGUACUAUCCAAACGUCCCCCUUUUCAAGCUUCCAAAUUUCUCUCUUAUCUCUCUUACCUUUUUCUUUCUCAGAAACCUCCUCUGCAGCCUCAAAGAAUUCGUCCUUGGGUUGUCCACAAUUAUCUUUGUAUGUAAAUAUAGUGCCAAUCUUGUGAUUUCAAAGCUCAUCCAUCGAUCUCUACAAUCAUGGAUAACAAUCAUAGUCACUCGGUAGGUGGUGGUGUGCAAGAAAAAAAAGCACACAGAAUCGCCGGAACCAAGAAAAAGCCUAUGAAAGUAGUUUACAUAUCCAACCCCAUGAUGUUCAAGGCUAGUGCAUCUGAAUUUAGGGCUCUGGUUCAAGAACUCACUGGUCAAGAUUCUGAAUUGCCAGACCCUAGUAAGUUCGUGGACAGUGAUGGCCAUGAUCGUGAUGUCGGUGGAAAUUAUCAAACGGUACCGAAUGCUUCUAAGACUGUUGUUGUUGAUGGUGGUCAUGCACAAGAAGUUCCCAUAGAGGAUCCUAGUCAAGAGCAGCCUGAAAGACAAGAUGCCCCAUUUGAGUCUUUUGAUGAUGUUUUCAUGCCUCAGAUGUUAGAGGAUAUUUCAGAGAAAAUGCCAUCAAAAUUAUGGUAUGAAGCUUAUAACUCAUGGAUGUACUCUUGAGAAGCCUUGCAAUGUAAUUUGAGCUGGCUGGGCUAAGAGAUAGAUGUACUAUACAUCCGCAGGCUGAAUUGCCCAGAUAAUGCGGCACAACAAUGCAUGGGUUGUUGUUUGCUAGCAGAGCUAGGUUCCCACUUGCAAUGUACGAUUAGCUUUUGGGAUUUAUUAGGGCUUGUCUUUUCUCUAACGUAAUUUUCCUUGUCUUUUUUUCACAUUCUAGGGUUCAUUGAAUCCAUGAGAAAAAGGUUUAUUGUUCAUCUCUCUGUGUGAAGGAUCUGAAGAGACUGAACAUAUCCACUA